AAGGAGUCUCCUUUUCCGAGAAGGCGAUUAAGGCAUAGCUAGCUAACCAGGCUAACUAGGUCCGGAAAUUUCAAUGAAGUCGUCCGCCACCUUGCGUGCAAGCCGAGACAACUGUCAUUUUUCAGGGUCUGACAACAGCUGGGAGCUCAACAAUUUAAUGAAGACACGUAGCUAUACUAGUAGCUAGUAGAGGAUGUGAAAAUAGCAGAAGCUCAUAACUUAUGUAAGUUAGCUAGCAAGCUAGGGGACUCUUGAUAGCCUUGAAAUAUUGGUAACGUUCCCUAGCAUAUGUUUGCAUAUAAUGUCGCUGGUUACCUAGCUUUCCAACUGCAACACUGUAGAUACCGUUACACGCGACGAUGUCGGUCUGCAGAUGCAUUUGCGGAAUAACAGGUUAGCCGAAUAGUUAGCUAGCCAUUGGUGAGAAAUAGGAAAAUAUUGUCAGCUAUCUGUAAGCAUAGGUUAGCUACCGUAAUCAGUGUCCAUAGCAGUUGAUGGUCGCUAGAUAGCUAAUUGUCAAUGUGUAUGUGAUGUAGCUAAACAUCUUCAGCAAGCAUUAGAAGAGACGCCCAUUUGCUCCUACUGUGUCACUGUCACAAAAUUAUAUUACAUUUUAGCUAUUUUCAUACUGCUGUUUAGUAAGUUGUUCAAAUGGAUUCGUUUCUGGACUUUGAGGAAUGCAUCAGAGACUCACCGACGUUCAGGGUGACACUGGACCACUGUGAGGCUGAAGUGGCGGAGCUGGAGAGUCGGGUGGAGAAGGUGAUGAAGUUGUGUAGUAGGAUGGUGGAGGCUGGGCAAGCAUACAACACAGCCAAUCAGCUGUUUCUGACUGGGCUGAUGGAGUUCUCCACCUACCAUCGGCAAGACAGCAGCAUCAUGAACUGCCUGCUUCAGUUCAGCCAGGGGCUCCAGGAGAUGAUCCAGUUCCACACGAUGCUGUUUGACCAGACACAAAGAGCCAUCAACCAACAGCUGAACAACCUGCUCACACAGUUUCUGCCACAGGUUCGUGAGACACGGAAGGAGUUUGUGCGGAUUGGGGAAGACCUGGAGAUGGCUGCAGUGAAAAACGCUCAGGUUCCCCGCCAUAAAGCCACUGACGCAGAGAGAGCCAGCCAUUUGCUGCUUGCCACACGCAAGUGUUACCAACACUUUGCCCUGGAUUACUGUCUCCAGUUGAAUAAUUUCAAGGCUCAACAGAAGCUGGAUAUCCUAAACUCUAUAUUUUCCUACUUCCACGCCCAAUACACUUUCUUCCACCAAGGCUAUGACCUGAUGAGGGACCUGGAGCCCACCAUGAAGACCAUGGCCUCACGGCUUGCUCUGCUUUCCACUGAAUGCACAGCCAAAAGGAAGGAGAUGGAGAAUACUCAUCUUCUUGUCCAGCAGAGAGAUGCCUCAGGAGAGCCUAUGGUCAUUGGUUGCCCUGAUACCGAUGUAGCUAUUGAAGGCUACCUAUUCAAACGCUCCCGCAGAAAAAACAAGACCUGGAAGAGAUGCUGGUUUUCUAUAAAACACAACCAGCUGGGGUAUUCCAAAUCACACAAGGAGGAGGUUUCAGUCCUGUUUGAUGACCUCAGACUGUGUGCUGUGAAGUCUCUGGACAACACUGACCGCCGCUUCUGUUUCGAGAUUGUGUCAGUUCAGAAGAGCUGUGCACUGCAGGCGGACUCUGAGGAGCUGAGGCAGGCCUGGAUCAGUGCUGUGCAGGGAAGCAUUGACAUGGCGUACCGCGAGAAGGGGGACUCCCAACAGCGCACAGCUGCAGAGAGGCCACUUGAUGCAACGUCCCCCCUCCCACAGCCAUCCCCACCCCUCCCUCAGCCUCCUGCUCUGGGCGUGGCCUUCCAGGGAUCCGGGAACCAACAGUGCUGUGACUGUGGUGAACGGGAUCCACGCUGGGCUAGCGUCAACCUGGGCAUAACUAUGUGCAUUGAGUGCUCUGGGAUCCACAGGAGUCUUGGAGUUCAUCUCUCCAAAGUGCGAUCUCUCACACUGGACUCGUGGGAACCAGAACAACUGAAGUUGCUGUGCAUUCUGGGUAAUGAUGUUAUCAAUGGGAUCUAUGAGGCACGUCUUGCCGACCAGGGGAGGGUGAAGCCCAGUCCAGAGAGCCUGCGCCAGGAGAAAGAGCUGUGGAUCAAAGAAAAAUAUGUGGAAAAGAAAUUUGUGAAGGGAGCUGUCACUACACCCACAGAAGCUGGAGACACAGAGGCUUCAGUCAAACAGAGGGAUGCUGCGGGGCGACACCUUUACCAAGCUUCAGAGCAGGGAGACCUUGUGUCUAUGGCAACUGCGCUGGCUGAGGGAGCAGAGGUAAACUGGAGCCACCCAGACGAGGAAGGCCGGACCGCUCUGAUAGGUGCAGCACGUGGGGGCUCGCUGCUGGCCUGCGAGUUCCUGCUGCAGAAUGGAGCAAAUGUCAACCACCGAGACCAGCGAGGACAAGGGGCACUGCAUGCUGCUGCUACCUGUGGCCACACAGGACAAGUAUGUUUACUACUGAAGAGAGGAGCCAAUCAAUAUGCAGUUGAUGAGAGAGGCCAGGACCCGCUCGGCAUUGCCAUGGAGACAGCCCACGCUGAUAUUGUUACAUUGCUACGGAUGGCACGAAUGAACGAGGAGAUGAGAGACUCCGAGGGGGUCUUUGGAACUAUGGGAGAUGAUGAGACAUUCCAGGAUAUCUUUCGUGAUUUCAGCAACAUGGCCUCUCAUGACCCAGAAAGACUGUCCCGGCGGCGGUUCAGCAGAGAGAGGGUGGAGGAGGGGUCUGAGGAACAGAAUUAGUGUCAGGGUUCUGGAAGGGAGGGGCUGAAGAGUACUGGAGUUCUCUGUUGACCGUAGGUUGAAGGCUCAUCUGGCAUUCAGCAAUUUUAGAAUUUCCCUGUUCAUGGAGCACUCUACCCCAUGAGGUU